AUGUUGGCUCGUUCCCUGGUGUUGGCUCGUGGAGAUGCGGUGUGGCUGGCAUCACGUGCUGCUUCAUCUGCCCCACCAUCGAAACCAACCGGCAAGAGAGUGAAGACCUUCGAAAUUUAUCGUUACAAUCCUGAUAAACCGGGAUCGAAACCAGAAAUGAAGAAGUAUGAUGUCGACCUGAACGAAUGUGGAUUCAUGGUUCUGGAUGCGCUCAUCAAAAUCAAGACAGAAAUAGAUCCCACUCUCACCUUCAGAAGGAGCUGCCGUGAGGGGAUUUGUGGAUCAUGCGCGAUGAAUAUUGGCGGACAAAACACGUUGGCCUGUAUCUGCAGAAUCGAUCGUGACACGAGUAAAUCAACCAAGAUUUACCCGCUUCCUCACAUGUUCGUUGUCAAAGACCUUGUUCCUGAUAUGAACCUGUUUUACGAACAGUACAGAUCAAUUCAGCCAUGGCUUCAAAAGAAAUCGAGUCUUACUUUAGGUGAAAAGCAGCUAUUUCAGAGUAUAAAGGAGCGUGACACAUUGGAUGGACUGUACGAAUGUAUUUUGUGCGCUUGCUGCUCCACAUCUUGUCCGUCGUAUUGGUGGAACGCCGAUAAAUAUCUGGGACCAGCUGUUCUCAUGCAGGCCUACAGAUGGAUCAUAGACUCCCGUGAUGAUUACGCCAUGGAACGUCUUCACCGUAUGCACGACUCUUUCUCCGCCUUCAAAUGUCACACUAUCAUGAAUUGCACGAAAACAUGUCCUAAGAACCUGAAUCCAGCGAAGGCUAUCGGCGAGAUAAAGUCGCUGCUAACUGGCAUGAAAACGAAGCCGGCACCAGAACCAGCAAAAUUCUAA